UUUGAGUUUGCGGGAGAGACCGUGCGUUUUAGAGCAAAACGCAAUACACAUGAGAACCUUAACCUGCCACAGCGAGUUCGUCGUUUGACUAGUUUCUUUGAAAAGUUGAAGCAAAUCGCUUGGAGAUCCCAUCGAUCAUCCCCUCACUAUUCACAAAAAGUAUCUCACCGGAUCGAUUAUACAGUUCUUUAAAGCCUAAUUUCACGGUUUUCUUGAAGGGGAUUUAGGGACUAAUAACUCAUGGAAGGAGUUGGGGGUGAUGCUGCGUCUGCGGCGGUGCCUCUUGCCAAGUGGAGAAAUGGUUUUGUGAGGACAUUUCAGCACUAUUUGGAUCGGUCCACCCCUCACCCGGUCCAGCGAUGGCUGGGAACUCUUGCCGCUGCCACGAUUUAUUUGUUGCGGGUUUAUUAUGCCCAGGGAUUUUACAUUGUAUCAUAUGGCCUAGGAAUUUACAUCUUGAAUUUGUUGAUUGGAUUUUUGUCGCCUAAGGUUGAUCCAGAGCUUGAAGUCUUGGAUGGGCCUUCAUUGCCAACGAGAGGCUCGGAUGAGUUCAGGCCAUUUGUUCGCCGCCUUCCUGAGUUUAAGUUCUGGUAUUCUAUCACAAAGGCUUUCUGUGUGGCUUUUCUGAUGACCUUCUUUUCUGUAUUUGAUGUACCUGUUUUCUGGCCCAUACUGCUCUGCUAUUGGAUUGUGCUGUUUGUCCUCACAAUGAAGCGCCAAAUCACGCACAUGAUUAAGUAUAGAUAUGUCCCAUUCAGCAUCGGAAAGCAGAAGUAUACGGGGAAGAAGUCUGCUGCGAGUAGCAGUGGCAGAGUGGACUGAAGCUUUGGGAUAUCCCCUUUAGGAUGAGGGCGGAAAAAAUGCAGCCUUGCAACUUUGAUGCUGCUUGGGUUUUUCUUGGGUGGAACACAUGUUUCAUGCCAAAGCCACCUCCAAAGUUCACACAUAUGUUGAAGAGUCGACUUUGUUUAUGAGCAACUGUUGCUUGCAUGACUGGGGAUUUUCACAUUUUUUUUAUUUCUUUAUUUUCUUUUUUCUUGAUAUGCUAUUAUGCUGUAUUUUAUGAGGAAUUAAAUCUGAAAAAUGAUGAGCCUCUUUUUUUUUUUUUUUUUUUUUUUUUUUUGAGCAGUCAAAAUGUCUGAACUCGAAGGGCAAUUCCACUAUUAUAUGGUUCCUGGAAUCAUCAUAGGCCAAGUCUGAUAGGAUUCGUAUCCUCUGUAUGCACGUUAUCAUAUACCUUUCAUUUAUAUAAACUGAUUCUGCGCAAA